AUGGUCUUGGAGGCAACAGUGAUAUCAAUUGAUAAUUCGGAAUAUUCCAGAAAUGGUGAUUACCCUAGAACAAGAUUUGAAGCGCAAAUUGAUGCGGUAGAAUAUAUUUUCCAGAGCAAACGCAAUAGUAACCCCGAGAACACAGUAGGAUUGAUCUCAUCAGCGGGAUCGAAUCCACGAGUUCUGUCGACCUUCACGUCAGAGUUCGGUAAGAUUCUAGCGGGUCUGCACGAUACGACGAUAGAAGGUUCUAUACAUUUAGCCACAGCUAUCCAGAUUGCGGCGCUUACGCUGAAGCAUCGUCAGAAUAAAGUGCAGCACCAGCGUAUUGUUGCGUUUGUGUGCAGUCCGAUCUCAGAUGAUUCUAAGGAGCUCAUCAAGCUAGCCAAGAGAUUAAAAAAAAAUAGCAUUGCGGUAGAUAUCGUCAAUUUUGGAGAAUCGAAUGUCAACACGCCAAUUCUAGAGGAGUUUAUCGAGACAGUGAACAGCUCACAGGAGGAGAGUAGUCAUUUGCUCACAGUAACGGCCGAUAACAGGUUGUUGUACGAACACAUCGCAUCAUCCUCUAUAAUUCUUGAAGAAGGAGCCGGCAAUAUGGGAGGGCACGAUGGAAACAGUUCGGGUAUGGAUAAUUCUUUCAUGGAUUUCGGUGUGGAUCCUUCAAUGGACCCGGAACUGGCAAUGGCACUGCGUCUGUCUAUGGAAGAGGAGCAGCAGAGGCAAGAGAGGCUGAGACAGGAACAGCACCAGCACCAGCAGCAAGAUAAUGAUCCUCAAACAAAGGAGUCCAAAUGA